AUGGCAAAGAAAAAAGUUAAACUAAAUGAAAACGACUGUAAGAACACAUUAAGUUCGCAGAAAAAGCCAAAACAACCGAAAACUGUGCUAAUUAAUAACGUCACCGACUAUUGGCCGGCAUUAAAUGAGCAAAAAGUGACGGAAUUACAUAAAAUCUUAGAAAGCUUUACAAGCCACAAAUCAAACGAGAAGGAAAUCUCAAUCGGAUUAGAAUCAGCAAUUAGGAAUGUCAAGAACAAAACAGUCAGAGUUCUCUUUAUAGCUGACGAAAUAUCGCCACAAUGGUUUGGAAAGCAUUUAAUAGCUAUGAGUUUAACAAUAGAUCCAGAAACGAAGAUUCUAAUUGUGCCAAAAUUAAAGGAAAUGACAAAAAAGCUAUUAAAUGUACCAUCAAUCAUUUGGUGUAUCAAAAAAGAAGUUCCUUCUAUUAAUGCAUUUUAUAGCAGUCUAAGUAUACACGAGGAACUAAAGAAACACUAUUACACAGUUCGACCUAACAAAGAUGUGUCGAUUACUAGAAAAAAGAUAAUCAAGGAAGUAAAGGAAGUUCCAAUAGUUUAUCUUAAAAAGUCAUCAGAUUCUGUUCCUGCAUUUAGAUCUACAGCAGAUAAAAUGGAAUUUGAGGAUUCUCUGGACUUUAUUUCCUUAGCUAAAUACGAUGAUCCAGCUUUAGUUAAUAAGAAGUCACCAUUCCCAUCUUAUAGACCACUGAAAGUCAAGAAAGUCAUUGGAAAUAAAGACAGAGAGUCCAAAAAUUCAUGAUAAUAAAAGAAUUGUAU